AUGAGCUGUGAACUUUGUGCAACUGACAUGGAAUGUCACUGUGCGCAAGCCAUUCCCACAGGCCUCAAAGUAUCUGGUACUUAUCAGCAAUACAUAACCUCUCCGGCCCGAUACACUUCGCGAAUCCCUGACUCUGUGGAUGACUGCGCCGCGGGGCCUAUCAUGUGUAGUGGGUCGACGAUGUUCCGCGCAAUUGCAAGAGCAAUGGGAAUGCGGGUAAUCGGAAUUGACGCCGGUCCGGAGAAAGAAAAGAUUUGUCUUGAACUCGGCUGCGAGGCGUUUAUCGACUUAAAAAAAUCGUCGAACCUGAGCGGUGAAGUCCGAAAGAUUGCUGAGGGAAAGGGGGCCCACGGGGUAUUUGUUACAGCCUCUUCCUCUGCCGGCUACAAAGUGGCGCCACGCAUGGUAAGAGUUGGGGGUGUUGUAGUCUGUGUCGGAAUGCCCCCUUCAGGUACUGUGGUAGCUGGUGACGACCCGAUGUACCUGAUUUUGAAUAAUAUCAAGGUCGUCGGCUCUUUGACUGGGUCGAGACAGGACACCGCCAAUGCUUUGUCAAUGGCAGCCCGAGGACUACUGAAGCCUAUCUAUGAACUUUAUGAUAUUGUGGAACUGCCCGGAGCGGUUCAGAGGCUGAUGCAAGGCAAGGUCAAUGGGCGACGUGUUGUUCGGUUUUAA